UGUGUGAGACCCAAGUCCUGGGCUCGGAGCCGUUUUCUGGCCAGGGUGCUCCCCUCUCCUCUGCCCCUGGAGGAGAAGUCGUCAGUGCCCUGUGGCUCUAGGAGGCAUGCUCAGGAACUCGGCAGCCCUGUGUGUGCGUCUGGUGGGGCCCCUCCAGAGAAAGAAGGCUGGAGCUCCACUCAGCCGGUGCUUGCACCAGACUCUCACCAUGGCCAAAAGGCUGCAGGCUCGAAGGCUGGAUGGGAUUGACCACAACCCAUGGGUGGAGUUCAUCAAAUUGGCCAGUGAAUGUGACGCUGUGAACCUGGGACAAGGCUUCCCUGACUUCCCGCCUCCAGACUUCGCCUUGGAAGCCUUUCGGCAGGCUGUCAGCGGGGACUUCAUGCUCAACCAAUACACCAAGGCAUUUGGUUACCCACCACUGACAAAGAUCCUGGCAAGUUUCUUUGGAAAGCUGCUGGGACAUGAGAUAGAUCCUCUCAGGAACGUGCUGGUGACCGUGGGUGCCUAUGGGGCCCUGUUCACAGCCUUCCAGGCCCUGGUGGAUGAAGGAGAUGAAGUCAUCAUCAUCGAGCCUUUUUUUGAUUGUUAUGAGCCCAUGACAUUGAUGGCGGGAGGUCGCCCUGUGUUUGUGUCCCUGAAGCCGACCCCCACCCAGAAAGGGGAACUGGAUUCCAGCAGCAACUGGCAGCUGGACCCCGCGGAGCUGGCCAGCAAGUUCACACCUCGCACCAAAGCCCUAAUCCUCAACACACCCAACAACCCCCUGGGAAAGGUGUUCUCCAGGGCAGAGCUGGAGCUGGUGGCCGGCCUGUGCCAGCAGCAUGAUGUGGUGUGCAUCACGGACGAGGUCUACCAGUGGCUGGUCUUCGAUGGGCACCAGCAUAUCAGCAUUGCCAGCCUCCCUGGCAUGUGGGAACGCACUCUGACCAUUGGCAGCGCUGGCAAGGCCUUCAGCGUCACUGGCUGGAAGGUGGGCUGGGUCCUGGGCCCCGACAGCCUCAUGAAGCACCUGCGUGUCAUGCAGCAGAACUCGGUCUUUCACUGCCCCACGCAGGCCCAGGCUGCAGUGGCCCAGAGCUUGGAGCGGGAGCAGCUGCAUUUUGGCCAGCCCAGCAGCUACUUCGUGCAGUUCCCGCAGGCCAUGCAGCGCAGCCGUGACCACAUGAUACGAAGUGUGCAGUCCGUGGGCCUGAGGCCCAUGAUCCCCCAGGGCAGCUACUUCUUUGUCACAGACAUCUCAGACUUCAAGAGCAAGAUGCCUGACCUUCCUGGCGCUGUGGAUGAGCCCUAUGACAGACGCUUUGUCAAGUGGAUGAUCAGGAACAAGGGCUUGGUGGCCAUCCCGGUGUCCAUCUUCUACAGCGUGCAACAUCAGAAGCUCUUUGACCACUAUAUCCGCUUCUGUUUUGUGAAGGAUGAAGCUACACUCCGGGCCAUGGACAAGAAGCUGCAGGAGUGGAGAGAUGAGCUCAGGGCUUGACAUCGCCCCUCGGCCCUGCCUCCCUGGGUUGGGCUCUUUGUCCAGGAUUUAGUCAUCUCCAGGUUGGGGUAGAUGGUACUGGUGAACCCCUUCUCUGUGGCACAGACCGUCUCCAGGAAAGAGCUCCCCUUAGUCUUGGGGAAGUUGGGAGCACCUCCCCGUCACGCCUGCACUCCUGUGGUAGAGGUUGGGGAGGCCUGACAUGGGCCUCUUUCAUGCCCCUCCCUCGGUCAGGUCACAGGGUCUCGGGUCCCUUCUGGCCUCACCAGACUUGGCUGGGACUCAACGGGCAGAAUCCAAUAGUGGACUGGCCUUGAGUCCCAGCUCUGACCCCAGCAAGGCUUAGGCAGCCCUCCCUUUCCUUAUCUAAACUUGACCUUGGGAAGGUGCCUUAGGCUUAAGUCCUCAAGCCUGUGUGCUUUUGCUCAUAAUAAAAGUUUAAGUUAUUCACACCUU